CAUCGAUGGAAAGAAAAAAAUCAGUAAAAUAGAUAAGAAUUCAAUGACAGAUUGUUACGAUUAAUUGAAUGAUUAGAAAUGUAGUGGAAUAUAAUCGUGUUUGGAGUAGCGGGGAAGUAGGGUUUUAUAAAUUUUGAAAAUCCUUCUGUCAUUUCAAGUUCCAACCGUCUAACUUUUUUUUUAGCUUUUUACAAGAAUGAUGGUUUGAAAAAUGAAUUUACCUCGUUUAUCUAAUGCUAUAAGAGUAUUUUCUGAUGUAACAGUUGAAUAUCCAGAGUUAAAGAAUGAUGACUUGUCAAUAAGAAGAUUGAAUCAAUCAAAAACAGACAAAAGUGAAGGAUUGAGUUGGAGUGAAUUAUCCAAAGCUGCCAAAAAGCAUGGAAAAGUAGACACAAAAGUGAUAACUACUGCACUGAAUGAUUUGUUGUCUUGUGCACGUUCAAUAGUUUCUACUGAUGCAGAUGGAGAAACAGUUGAGGCUGCAGCUGCUUUUCUUUUUGAAUUAUUUAAAACAUCAGAAGUUGUUGGUCAAAGGGAGACAACCAAACUAAGGAAUACAUUUGGCCCAUUCCCUGCGUCUGCUGCUACUAAAACCUGUAGUAUUGUAAAAAGAUUAUCAGGAUGGUUACCUGAUGAAUUAUUAGAAACAGGUAGUUUGGAUACAGGAAGACAGGAUGGUGAUGGGGAAGCUGAUGAUUUUGAAUUUGGCAGUAGCAUCAAAUUUACAGGCAUCAAUGAAGAGUAUGAGCAGGGUUACUCCAGUUCAGAGUCUGAAGAUGACAAACCAGAAAGCAAAGAGUGGGAUAUUGGUUAUUCAGCUAAUGGAGCUUGCGCUGCCACAUCUUAUAAAGAAAGGGAACCAAAUGUCAGUAAACCUAAAAAAGAUAUGAAAUGGUUAGAAACAGAAAUAAGAAAGUAUUUUAGUGAUGAUGAAUCUAUAGGUUUAUCGAUAUCACAGUUAACACAGACAGUAUUUGAUGUUUUAUCUUCUACUAGAACAGACAUUGAACUACAAAAUGAGCUCUUCGAUUUGCUUGGUUUUGACAGAUUUGAGUUAAUUCAGAUGUUAUUGGAGAAUCGUAAGAGAUUGGUCCGCUCAGUAGUUACAGAGGUAACAAAAGCUGUUUUAGCAACUCUAGACUUUUUUCUUUUAUAUUUAGAACCUAAAAAUGAUCGUCCUUUACAUGGUUGUCAAAUUACAGUACAGUCAGAAGAAGAAAAAAGAUUAGCUAAGUUAUAUAGAAAAGAAGAAAAGAAAAUGUCUAAAAGAGGAGGUAAAAAAUCAGAUGAUCAUACAGGUGAGAAGAAGUUUGAUCCAAAAGAAUUAAAGCUACAAAGGGAAGCAGCUUUACGUUCUGCUGCCACAGCUCCAUUGUUUAUAACAAGCCGGCCAUCUUACCAGCCCAGAGAAAAGUACCCAUUUGUUUUUGAUACAUAUGAAGAGGCCAGACAGUCAUCAGCUUAUGUUGGAGGAGCUAAGCUGUAUUUACCUGGUGGUUUUGAUAAAACAGAUAGUAAAUUAUAUGAAGAGAUUAAUAUGCCACCCAGUGAUCCUGCCCCAGUUGAUAUUGGUAAUAAAUUAGUACCUAUUGAUUCAUUAGAUGAGAUUGGUCAGUUAGCUUUUAAAGGAAUGAAAACAUUAAAUCGAAUACAAUCAGUGGUGUUUGACUCAGCUUAUAAAACUAAUGAAAACCUGUUAAUCUGUGCCCCAACUGGUGCUGGUAAAACCAACGUAGCUAUGUUAACAAUAUUACAUGAAAUAAAACAACAUUUAUCACAGGGAAUUAUCAAAAAAGAUGAAUUUAAGGUUGUAUACAUAGCACCAAUGAAAGCUUUAGCAGCUGAAAUGGUGAGGAAUUUUGGAGGAAGAUUAUCACCAUUAGGUAUAACAGUGAAAGAAUUAACUGGUGAUAUGUCAUUAACUAAACAGGAAAUCCUUAAAACACAGAUGUUGGUAACAACACCAGAGAAAUGGGAUGUUGUAACUAGAAAGAGUACUGGUGAUGUAGCUUUAGCUCAAUUAGUAAAAUUACUAAUUAUUGAUGAAGUUCAUUUAUUACAUGAUGAUAGAGGUCCAGUUAUAGAGACAUUGGUAGCUAGAACUAUACGACAGGUGGAGAGUUCACAGAGUAUGAUUCGUAUUGUAGGGUUAUCAGCUACAUUACCUAACUAUUUAGAUGUUGCUAGAUUUCUUCAUGUUAACCCUUAUGUUGGUUUAUUUUUCUUUGAUGGAAGAUUUAGACCUGUUCCAUUGGGACAGACAUUUAUAGGUAUAAAAACUACCAAUAAAAUUCAACAACUACAAGAUUUUAAUAUAGUUUGUUAUGAAAAAAUACUAGAAGAUAUUAAAAAAGGUCACCAGGUAAUGGUAUUUGUACAUGCCCGUAAUGAAACAGUAAGAACAGCUAUGGUGCUAGUAGAAAUGGCUAGAAAUCAAGGUGAUAUCAAACUAUUUACACCCAAUAAUUCUUCUAGAUAUGGUGAUUUUCAAAAAUCUGCUUCUCAUUCACGUAACAGACAGUUAAAAGAAUUGAUGCCUGAAGGAUUUGGUAUACAUCAUGCUGGUAUGUUGAGACAAGAUAGAAAUUUAGUAGAGAAAUAUUUUGCUGAUGGAAUGUUAAAAGUUAUCUGUUGUACAGCAACAUUAGCAUGGGGUGUUAAUUUACCAGCUCAUUCUGUUGUGAUAAAGGGAACCCAGAUCUAUGAUGCUAAAAGAGGGAGUUUUGUAGAUUUAGGUAUUUUAGAUGUUAUGCAGAUAUUUGGUCGUGCUGGUCGACCACAAUAUGAUAAAUUUGGUCAUGGUACUAUAUUAACAACCCAUGAUAAAUUGUCUCAUUAUUUAUCAUUAAUGACUAGACAGAAUCCUAUAGAGAGUCAAUUUAUCAAUAGUUUAACAGAUAAUCUUAAUGCUGAGGUUGCAUUAGGUACUGUAACCAAUGUAGAAGAAGCUGUAAAAUGGAUAAGUUAUACUUAUUUAUUUGUUAGAAUGAGAAUUAAUCCAUUAGCUUACGGUAUCAAUUACAACAAAAUAGAGACUGAUCCAAUGUUAGAGAAACAUAGACAUGAUUUAAUAAUAGGAGCUGGUAGAAGAUUAGAUAAAGCUAGAAUGAUCCGAUUUAAUGAAGCUACGGGAUAUUUUGCCUCCACUGAUUUAGGAAGAAUAUCUAGUCAUUUCUAUAUUAAAUAUGACACUGUGGAGGUUAUAAAUGAAUCAUUCGUAUCUCUUAUGACAGAGUCUGAUAUAUUAUCAGUUGUUUCUAGAGCUCAGGAGUUCGACCAAAUUAAGGUACGAGAAGAUGAGAUGGUAGAACUAGACAUGUUAAUGAAGAAUGAAUGUGUAAUGUCGGUACCAGGUGGUAAAGAGAAUACCUAUGGUAAAGUGAAUAUAUUACUACAAGCCUACAUCUCCAGAACACCAUUACAGAGUUUUUCACUAAUAUCAGAUUCAGCUUAUGUUGCUCAGAAUGCAGCAAGAAUUGUGAGAGCUCUGUUUGAAAUGGCAUUAAGACAAGGAUGGCCUGUGAUGGCUAGUAGACUAUUAUCAUUAUGUAAAGUAGUAGAUAAAAGAUUAUGGGGAUAUGAAAGUCCAUUACAUCAAUUUGCAUCACUCAGUCCUGAUAUACUAAGAAAAUUAGAUGAUAGAAAUUUAACUAUUGAUAGAUUGAGAGAGAUGGAUGCUAAAGAAAUAGGUCAUAUGAUACAUCAUGUUAGAAUGGGUAGUGCUGUCAAACGAUGUGUAGAACAAUUACCUAAUUUAAUACUAGAUGCUACCAUACAACCUAUUACUAGAACAGUACUUAGAGUACGUCUUCAUAUCACACCAGACUUUACCUGGGAUGAUAAGGUUCAUGGGGCAGUUUCAGAACCAUUUCAGAUUUGGGUUGAAGAUCCAGAAAAUAAUCAUAUUUAUCAUUCAGAAUAUUUCAUGUUACUGAAAAAACAGGUGAAACUAGGUGAAAUGCAGACUCUAGUAUUUACAAUACCUAUAUUUGAACCAUUACCAAGUCAGUACUAUAUAAAAGCUGUAUCAGAUAGAUGGCUAGGUUCAGAAAGUAUGUGUGCUAUAUCAUUUCAACAUUUGAUAUUACCUGAAAAACACCCUCCUCAUACAGAAUUACUUGAUCUUCACCCACUACCAGUAACAGUUUUAAAUGAUCCCAAGUUAGAAGCUUUAUAUAGAUUUACUCAUUUUAAUCCAGUACAGACCCAGAUAUUUCAUACAUUAUAUCAUACAGAUUGUAAUGUAUUGUUAGGAGCUCCUACAGGAUCAGGGAAAACUAUAGCAGCUGAGUUAGCUAUAUUUAGAAUAUUUAGAGAGUAUCCUGGCUGUAAGGCUGUAUAUAUUGCUCCUCUCAAAGCUUUAGUUAGAGAAAGAAUGGAGGAUUGGAAAGUCAGAAUUCAACAGAAACUUGGUAAAAAUGUAGUAGAAUUAACUGGUGAUGUAACACCUGAUAUGAGAGCUGUAGCUAAAGCAGAUUUAAUUGUCACUACACCAGAGAAAUGGGAUGGAGUCAGUCGUAGCUGGCAAACUAGAAAUUAUGUUAAAAGUGUCAAUUUACUAGUUAUUGAUGAAAUACAUCUUUUGGGUGAUGAUAGAGGUCCUGUUUUAGAAGUUAUUGUGUCUAGAACUAAUUUUAUAUCUUCUCAUACUGAAAAACCUGUUCGUGUUGUUGGUCUUUCUACAGCAUUAGCUAAUGCUAGAGAUUUAGCUGAUUGGUUGGGUAUUAAACAGAUGGGAUUAUUUAAUUUCCGACCUUCAGUACGACCUGUACCAUUAGAAGUACAUAUAGCUGGUUUUCCUGGUCAACAUUAUUGUCCUAGAAUGGCUACCAUGAAUAAACCUACAUUCCAAGCUGUUAAAACCUAUUCACCAAAUAAACCUGUUUUAGUCUUUGUAUCAUCUAGAAGACAAACUAGACUAACAGCAUUAGAUCUAAUAGCUUUCUUAGCAGCAGAUGAAAACCCUAAACAAUGGCUUCACAUGCCUGAGAUAGAGAUGGAGAAUAUUAUAUGUGGAAUUAAAGAUACCAAUCUAAAAUUAACACUAGCAUUUGGUAUUGGUAUACAUCACGCUGGUUUAGUAGAAAGAGACAGGAAAACUACUGAAGAAUUAUUUGUUAACUCCAAAAUACAGUUGUUAAUUGCUACCAGUACAUUAGCUUGGGGUGUCAAUUUCCCAGCUCAUCUUGUAGUUAUUAAGGGAACUGAGUAUUUUGAUGGUAAAACUAGAAGAUAUGUUGAUUUUCCUAUCACAGAUGUAUUACAAAUGAUGGGUAGAGCUGGAAGACCACAGUUUGAUGAUAGUGGUAAAGCUGUUAUAUUAGUUCAUGAUGUUAAAAAACAUUUCUAUAAACGAUUUCUGUAUGAACCAUUCCCUGUAGAGUCUAAUUUACUAGAAGUGUUGCCAGACCAUUUAAAUGCUGAAAUAGUAGCUGGUACUAUAGCCUCUAAACAGGAUGCUAUGGACUAUAUAACAUGGACCUAUUUCUUUAGAAGACUCGUCAUGAAUCCAAGUUACUACAAUUUAGACAAUACAGAUUUUGAUAGCAUUAACAAGUUUUUAUCAUGUUUGGUGGAAAAAGCUUUAAUGGAAUUACAAUGUUCGUAUUGUAUAGAAAUAGGAGAGGAUAAUUGUGCUAUUGAAUCAUUAACACUAGGUAAAAUCUCAUCCUAUUAUUAUUUAAACCAUAAUACUGUUAGAAUGUUUUGUGAUGAAUUGAGACCAGAUUCAACCAUUCCUGAUCUGAUUGAGAUAUUGGCUAAUGCUACAGAAUAUGCUCAACUUCCAGUACGUCAUAAUGAAGAUCAGAUUAACAGUGAUUUAGCUCAGAGAGUUCCACUAGAAGUAAAUCCACAUUCAUAUGACUCAUCACAUACGAAAACAAAUAUUUUACUUCAAGCUCAUUUCUGUCAGAUACAACUUCCUUCAACAGAUUAUCAUACAGAUACUAAAUCUGUUUUAGAUCAGGCUAUACGUAUAUUACAGGCUAUGUUAGAUGUUAGUGCUGAUCAAGGAUGGUUAAUAACUUCAUUACAAGUUAUAGUAUUAAUACAAAUGAUUAUACAAGGACGAUGGUACCAUGAUAGUACAUUGUUACAAUUACCAUGUAUUACGCCAUAUCAUAUAUAUUGUUUUAGACCACAGAGUGGUGGUGGUGCCAAGAAGAAAGGAUAUCCUGAUAUAAAAGCACCAAUAGAAACACUACCAGAAUUAUUGUCAGUUUGUGAUGGAAAAUUUGAACAUUUAUCAACCAUGUUAGAAGGUGAAAUGAAUCCAAAUAAUAUCAAUCAGGUCUACAAUGCUCUGUCUCAACUACCACAAAUAAAUGUAAAUAUAUCUAUCAAAGGGUGGUGGGCUGCUCAUUUUCAGUCAUCUAAAUUAUAUUUUUUAAUCAAUAUUUUAGGUGGAAGGCGUAAAGAUGAAGAUUGGAUACAAGUACAUGCUGAUCAAGAAUAUGCUUUACAUAUUAAAUUGUAUAGAAAUAAAAAAGCUAAGGUAACUAGAGGAGAUAGUAAAGUGUGUAUGAGUAGGUUUCCUAAGCCUAAAGAUGAAGGUUGGAUGAUUAUAGUAGGUGAUGUAGAAUCGAAAGAAGUACUAGCAUUAAAACGUAUUGGUUAUAAUCGAGGACAAACAACAGUGAAUCUAGCUUUAUCUACACCUGAGACUACAGGUCGUGUUAUUUAUACUGUAUAUAUUAUGAGUGAUUCAUACCUAGGUUUAGAUCAGCAAUAUGACCUAUGUUUAGAUGUUAUACCAUCAGAUAUUGAGGCUCAAGUUAAUACAGAACUUCAAGAUGAAUUAAGUGAUUUAAAUUUUGAUGAUGUAUGAUACUUAACUCUUUAGUCUUAACAAGACCAAAAAAACCUCUGACUGCAAAUCAUGAACAAAUUUGUAGCUGUGUUUGGUACUAGUAGUAACUUAUUAACACAUAAAUGUAUAUGAAAUCAUUAAUUUUUUUCAUAAUAGAAAAGUUGGAUAUUAAUUGAGCUUGCAAUUAUUCUUAAGUAAAUAAUGGAAAGGUAAAAGAAUUAGAUGUGAUAUAAAGUUUACUGCUGAUAAUCAUGUUUAAUAAUGUAAUUAGUUUAUAAAAAUAUUAUGAUUCAAAUUUCAAACUAAAUUGACUGUGAUAGAAAGUUAUAAACUCAGAAAAAUUUAUUGGAAAAUAAUAUUGUUGAGGUUUCAUCCUGCAUCUAAAUUGCUGUUUUCUUAAGAAAGUACAAAUAAACCAUCAUGUUAAUCUUAAGAUUAUAUUUGUGAAGUUAUAAUAAAAUUGCUAUACAUGUAUUUGUUUAAUUAAUUAAUUCUGAAGAUGUAAACAGAAAUGUUACACUGAG